AUGGAGGCUCAAAGCCAGUCUCAAAGUCCCUCUGAAUGUAGCCAGUGUGGAAAGAAAUUCCAACGCAAGGCACAUCUGCUUCGACAUCAACAGCAACUGAUGUUCUCCGAGAUCAUUUCAGCAGAUGCGACCAUCGCGGCUCAGCCGCUAUUCCAGAUUCUUUAG